AUCUCAUCAAUCAAUAAUUGAAGUACCAUUUUACUGCUCACCGAUAAUUAUUAAUAUGAUCAUUGUUUUAAUAGACCAGUCCAAAUAAACUCAGAAUAAUCAGAAAUGGGUAUAUAUAUUCACAUUAGAAGUCGCUUCUUUUUCUUAGCUUUUAAUACCAACGCGCUUUCUGUAAUUUGCAGGACAACUUCCAUUUUUUCCUGGAAUUUUCUUUCUGUUUUGUUCCCUCUUUAAUUCUAAAUGGCACUGGAAAAUGAAUAGAUAAUAAAACGAUGAGAUGGAGGGUUGAAUUCUAAUCUGCACCCCAGCCAUUUGUCUAAUUUCAGGACAGACCAGAUUUCAGUUUUCUCUUUUGUUGCUGGUGGUUUUGAUUGCCAAAAGCAAUAAAUCGAAUUGGUUAGUCUUGGAGAAGCCCGGGUAUAACAAAUACAAAGUUGAUGGUGGCUCACACGAUACCCGAUAACUACAGUUCCUUAGAAGAGGUCACUGAGGCUCUUGCACGAGCCGGGCUUGAGUAUUCUAAUCUCAUUAUUGGUAUUGAUUUCACAAAAAGCAAUGAGUGGACAGGUAAAAUGUCAUUCAACCAUCCGAACCAGCACCAUAUUGGAGACACUCAAAAUCCAUAUGAGCAAGCAAUAUCAAUUAUUGGGAGAACCUUAAGUGCAUUCGAUGAAGAUAACUUGAUUCCCUGCUUUGGAUUUGGAGAUGCUUUAACACAAGAUCAAGGCAUCUUCAGUUUCUAUCCAGAUGAGAGAUCUUGUGUUGGAUUUGAGGAGGUCUUGGUGCGUUACAGACAAUUAGUCCCCCAUCUACAAUUAGCAGGACCAACAUCAUUUGCACCCAUCAUUGAAAUGGCUAUGACUAUUGUUGAACAAAGUGGUGGUCAGCACCAUGCUUUGUUGAUAAUUGCUGAUGGGCAAGUAACAAGGAGUGUUGAGACAGAACAUGGGCAACUAAGUCCACAGGAACAAAAAACUGUAGAUGCAAUUGUAGAAGCCAGUAAAUUCCCCUUGUCAAUUAUUUUAGUUGGAGUUGGGGACGGACCUUGGGACAUGAUGAGAGAAUUCGAUGAUAACAUCCCUGCCCGUGCCUUUGAUAACUUCCAGAUACUAUGCUUUAUUUGGUACUUUUCAUUCUGCUAUUUGUAAUAUCUGCCAUUUAUGAAUUGAAGACAAAAACUUCUUUUGCUUGUUCAGUUUGUAAAUUUUACAGAAAUCAUGUUAAAGAAUAUCCCAAUUCAGAAAAAAGAGGUAGAGUUUGCUCUGGCAGCCUUGAUGGAAAUACCAUCUCAAUAUGAAGCAGCAAUGGUGCUUGGUAUAUUGGGGUAUUAAAGUCACCCAAGAGGGGAAUCUCCUGAUAGGGUUCCUUUGCCCACACCUCUUUAUGAUGGACCUUCAUCCUUGCAGCAGAAUGGACAUUCUUACAGUGAACAUGACAUAUCUCUUGUCACGGCUCCCCCUAGUGCUGUCUUUGAUGACUUGGAAUGCCCCAUCUGCAUUACUGAUCGGAUGGACAUGGCCUUUGGUUGUGGGCAUCAGGCAAUGCAGCUCUGUAAUUCUCCAGUUAUUAGGCUACUUUGAACAACUGGAAAGAUAUUUAGUUAAUAUGUUAUAAUUAAUUUUUAGCAGACGUGUUGCAAGUGCGGUGAAGAACUUCAAUUUUGCCCUAUCUGCCGAAAAUCAAUUGAAAUCAGAAUAAAGCUAUAUUGAAGAUGUUAUACUGACAAAUGCACAAAGUUUGAAAAUAGUAUGGUGUUGGUUUGGUAAAUUAGAUGGUGCAUUUUUUGAUACAUUGAGAAGAGAUCCAAGAAAUUGAGAAUUAUAGUGUAUUUUGAUAAUGAGAAAAAUCUGCAUUGCA